AUGAUUUUUCAACGAUGCACACGAAAAUGUGAAUAUAAUUUCCGCAUAGGCAAUGAGGUAAUCGACGUUGUCCAAAACUAUUGUUGUGCUUCACAUGACGUCACUAAAAAUUCACACUAAAAAACUAUCGAUCCUACCUAGAUUUUACUUUCACCAUGCAUUAGAGCAGCUGAAAACUAAUUUUCAUACAAAUUUUCGCUUCAAAAGGGUUUUUGGUUUUGUGAUAGAGUACGCUUGAAUUUCUAAGCUUUUGCGUAACGCGGCAUUUACAUGACGGGCAAGAGCUGUCAAGUAGGUAAAAAAAAUGACUUAUUUCAGGAAAUUUUGCUAUCUAAACAGUUCAUGUAUAAGAAAAAGUAUUACUUUAAUGUUUAUGAGUUUCUCGAAGAAUAAAUUCACGCUUUCGUGGCAAAACUCGGUAACAGAUGUUUCUGUUGGUUUCCGUCCGCCAUGUUGGAGCUCAUCCAGGUGAGCUCCAGCGUGGCGUCUCCAUACAAAUCUCUAUAAGUUUGGGUAAAACAUUUCUUCGGAUAUCUCGUAUACGAAAUAUUCCUCUGACCUGAAUCUUGGCGAGGGUCUUUGUAUAUGUAACUCCUUUCAUUUCCCAGAUUUUGGACUUUAUGUAUUGAACGGUUUUGAUUUUUUUGAAAACCAGCUGAUACUUACCUAGGCACUCGCAUCACAUCUUCCUGAAAUUUUGCACUUUCGCUUGAAUACCUUUGACAAAAAGCUCUUCAUGCGCUCUUCAGCAUAAGACGGGACACGGAUCUAAACGGCCUUAAGCCCUCACUUGCAUGUAAAAUUUUACCCUGUCGUACUCAUCACUUCUUAAUUCGUUCGAUAUCGGUUUUCGCGUGGAAUUCAUCGUGGAAUUCACCUGUAAGAGAAUGAAUUUUGCUGUAAUGAAAAUUACAAAAUAAAGUGGGAUCUAAAAAUUUUGAUACGUACUUUCUUAUCAGAAACAUGUCAAGACUUGCCGGCUCAGCAAUUGCACAGGGAUCAAAUGUCGGCCGAAUCGAUCGGUGGUCAGAGUGGAAACCAACGGAUGAGUCCACCAUUUGGUUAUUGCUAUCAGGUGCCACUAAUCCACCAGAAGGGAUUGAAAUUUCCAAACGAAGACCCAGAGAUGACCCUGGAGAUGGGAAUGGCGCAUUUCUUGCCGGUGUUACUCGUGAUUUGGUCAACAUGGAGGAUUUGGUUAGACCAAAGCUGUAUAACACAGUCAAAGAUCUUUAUUUAACCAAAGACAGAGCUCUUGAACAUGUUAUCAAUUUUUUUGACAUAUGCAAGGCUAAGGAAGCGCAUCCUAUGUUGUACUAUACUGGGCAUGGUGAGAUUGGUUCUGGCAACUGGUGUUUUGCUAAUGGGACAAUCAGUAUCCAAGAAAUUUCGGACCUGGUGCCUGAGGACUGUUUCUACCCAAUGAUCUUCAGCGAUGCUUGUUAUAGUGGACACUGGGCAAAUUUUUGUCUCAACAACGAAAUUGAUGGUUUUGAAUGUCUUUCAGCCUGUCCUGAUUACUCAAACGCUUUUGAUACGCCAGGUGUGUUAAUUAUGUAUACUUUGACUUUUAGAACGUAGCAAAAUGCGCUUCAGGUUUAACCCUCGGACCUACACUCAAAGUCAUACCCCCACCGUAGUAUAAAGUUGUAAAGGCGGACAUUUCACUUGUUUCAAGAGUAAGAACUAGGCGAAAUUAUAGCUAAAAACAUGGCAAGAACUGGAAGAACACAUCUCAAAGGGCGACAAGGUCUUUGUACUUCAAGAUCUUUUCGAUGACCUUUGUCGAGGCGUUUCGGUGGGAUGGUACUAACUCAUCAAUUAGCCUGCAAUAUCGGUUGGCAUUGUUAUCAUUACCAAUUUUACCGCGCUCUGCUCGGCCAAUCACGUCGAGCAAUUGCCUUUCUAGGCUGGGAUGUGGGAAGGAGUUUUUUUAAUUAUUCGUUUGAUAUAAAACUGACCAUUUUACUAACUUAGCAGAUAAAAAGACAAUUGUUCAUGCGUCUUUUUGUCGUUUAACGUAGACUAUCUAUUGGAAAAACAGUAAACUCAUCCUCAUGGCAAGAAAACAGAGACAAAAAAAUAUAAGGAAAAAUCAAAUGGUUAAUGUUUGUUUAAAAUUAACCUACAAUGUCCGCAUAGCUGUUUUUUUUUUUUCUUUAGUCGCGGCUAAGUAUGGAAAAAAAUCUUUCGGUUGAGGAAGGAGGGGAUGGUAUCCCGUCUUGUACGUCCGAGAGCAUCCUCCGAGACCCAGGGGCGGUCAGUCGGGUCGGGAGAAAGGGCGCGACCAAAGUAUUCAAGUACGGGCGAAAGAGCCCCUGGGUACCGACUCUCACCGAACUAUUUCCAAAAAUUCAAGCGGGUGCGGCUCCUGGUUGGGCACAAAAAAUGCUGUGUAUUAUUGUGCCCAAUUGGCGAACAGUUUCUCCUGAGUUCUUUUCGUGAGUUCGUACACGACGGCUAUUGUUUCGAUCACGCUUGUCUGGCUCAUGCACCAAAGAAAUGCACGUAGUCAGGAAACUUUCAGUUUGAUAUAAAAUACCCAUCUGAUUUCAAAAUACUGUCUGCCCGAAAACUAAAGACGCUUUUCCAAAAAUACAAGCUUGAGCUUACAACAGGUAUUCACGUUUGCAUCGGUCACGUCUUCCGUAAAUAUUAGGCAAUUUUUAAAGAUACCACGACGGCUGACAACUACGAAAACAUCGCAUGGAAAAGAGAAUUCACAUUUUUUUCAGUUUUUAUCGUGAUUAUUCCCACUUGCUUACUCUGACAAGGCAAGCGAACUCUUCUGGAGCUGAAUUUCUAUCAACAUAUCCAAGUUCAUGAAGAGAGUGAAUUUUGUCAUUGCUUGUUUACGUCCUUCACAAAAUAGCAAAUUAGGCAGUUUCACGGGUAGUCGUGCAGUUGACGGCAAAGAAAUGUACAAAAAAGUGUGAUGCACGUGCAAAGUUGUUGUUUUGCCUUGUCAAGGUAUCAUCCGGCUUAUUUGACUCUCUCGUCGCCGCCGCAUCUUUAUAUUACUAUUAUUUACGAUACAUCGUGAUGUGUCAAAAACAGAAUAUUCUCGGGGCAAACUGAAUUGCUCCUGCUGAUAGCAUCCCGAACGUUUUUUCGACUCAUCGGUAGUUCCUUCGUUUCUGGUAAGGGAAAUAGAAAAGAAAAGUUUCCCUUGCACGCACAAGCUUGUUGAACGUGUGGCGAGACAAUUUGCGUCGUGUACGAACUCACGAAGAGAACUCAGGAGAAACUGUUCGCCGAUUGGGCACAAUAAUACAAAGCAUUUUUUGUGCCCAAUAAGGAGCCGGAGUCAGCUUGAAUUUUUGGAAAUAGUUCGGUGAGAGUCGGUAACCAGGGCCUCUUUCGCCCGUACUUGAAAACUUUCGUCGCGCCCUUUCUCCCGACCCGACUGACUGCCCCUGGGUCUCCGAGGAUGGUUCGAGAGUUAACUAUAUAAGUAUUUAAUUUAAAUGAUGUUUCAUCCUUUAGUUGAUUUUUUUAAAUCUUUUUUUAGAUAAAGGUGGAGAUUUGACUUUGUUUAUGACUGGAAAGAAAGAACGCCCCGUUACAGAGCCAAUGUACAGUGGAGGAAAUUUGCUCGACUUUCCAAUUACCAGUGGAUUUGAUUUAAUUUCUUACUCAGGAUUUCUGGGCAGUUUUAUAAAAAACUCGCAUAGAAUUGUCUCUUCUCAGAGUAUGCAUAAUGGAUACCUCUCUGCAUAUUUUGUAAAGUCCAAGCUUCACUAUCCAAGACCUGCAGUUAGCUGGGGGGAUUCAUAA